GGUCACACUGAAAAGAACAAAAUGGCUGUUUCGGCGUUGAAAAUUUUUUUGGAAUAUUAAAAAGAAGAAAAAGCUAAUUAAAUUAUUGGUAAAGAGUGUCAUAAAACAUAAGAAAUGCAGGAAAAGUUUUAUAGAAUGCAUACGUGUUGAAGUUUUUUCUAAAUACCAUUUAUCAGCAGCCUGAAAGAUGAGCGGUGCCAAAUCCUCGGGGACAGGCUUUGGAAGCCACAUCCCAAGCAUCGAGGAGAAGAACAAGCAAAUCCAGCAGGAAACUAUGAUGGAGAAGCUGCGGGCGAAGCACCGAAAUAAGCCGAGGACCUACGAAGAGAUUAAAAAGUCUGUAAGGAUGUACUUCAUCGAGAAGCACUAUCCACUGGAUCCCCUCUGCAAGGCCACGUUACAGUCGGCACUGGAUAAACUGCAGCACUACAUAAAGGUGACGUCUCGCCAUGGACUGGUAGAGAGGCUGGAGAGUCUGUCGCGGCAGCUGGGGCUGAAGUUCAUGGAGGAUCAACAGAUGCUGUUCAUUUCCACAGACAUGUUCUACGUGGAGAUCCUUUUGGAUGCAGCCGGCAGCCUACUGGACGUUAAGGUCCAUCACGAGUGCAAGAUCGAACAGCAGUCUAGUGAGCUGGUGGCCUGCCUGAAAGCUGGCGACUUUGCAGACUUUACUGUUCAGCUGGAGGGAUUGUCGUCCAUUUACCAGCUAAACGCCGAGCCCAAGGUUAAGAAGAAGGCUUUUGUGGCGCUUCAGGCCAUGGAGACUGACAUUCACAGUCUCUACCAGAUGCACUUGCAAUCUCAAUCAGGAAACUCGUACGAUAUAAUGGCCAGUUCUCCUGUUGGUCUUGUACUACCGCGUCGCGGAGGUCACCCUAUGAAGCUCACCUACUUCUGUCCGCCUCUCCACCUGCCCGAACACGACCCGAAGUUGCCCAGUGGGGACUUUACCAUCGAGCAAGUGAUGCGUAGCAGCUACGGACUGAAUGCAACCGUCAACCUGGAGGGUUCGUCAGCCAACAAGCUGCAGGUUACGCCUAUACUGUCAUUUGUCCGCGACCAGCAGACUGGAAUGGAGGUGCCAACUUACGCUCCGCUGAACCAAACCAACUCUCUGUUGAUGCCUGCUACCUAUGUGCUGCGCUUGAACAAGCCAAUGCCCGUCUGCGUGGAAUCCUUGAAAGCCCUCGGACUUCCGGGCUUAGAUGCUCAGGCCAAUCCUCCGACUCCUGCCACUACGGUUCUCAAUCUCAUUGUACAAACGGCUUCCAAGCAGGCGAUCAGAAGCACCCAGCGCGGACUGUACGUUAAUCUGCCAAAAGAGACUCACUGUUACUUUUUUACGGAUAACAGGCGGUUGCAGGGCACUUUGGUCUCCUCGCUGCCAUUCACUGAGCCCGCCCAGGUGCCCCGUAUUGUAGCCUUUCUGAAAAAACAAGCUCUCUUCUACACCCUCCUGGCCAGUUGCGUUCGGGAGCAGCAGAAGCAAUAUAAUGAUAUGGACAGCACUGUGAUACUAGAAGUGACGGCGGUCUCUUUCAACCAGAUAACCGUAGAGCUGCAGCACCCGUACGAGGAGUCGCUGGCCACGGUGGACUUUCUGCUGGAGGAUGGUCAGCCGACAUGUAGCGUCUUCUGUCUAAGUAACGAGUACGAAUCGCUCUCUCAAAAACUGACGCGUACCGUGCGACAGGUGGUCUCCAUCCCAAUGGUGAUUUACAAGCUGCUCAAGUGCUGGGAUGAGGAGCACGAGUUUAAGCUGCACGGUGUCAUUAAUCCGGGAACUGGAACUGCUGGAGGGGGAUCAGUGGGCGGCGGGGGAACGGUCGGAGGAGGAGGUUCCACCAGUGGCGGAGGUGGCUUUAAUCAGUUUGCAAUGGAUACGGCUCAAACCCCGGAUGGAAACCUGCCCGGUGGUAGUUUUGCGAAUAUCAGUAAUCUCAAAAUUGAUGCGAAAUCCCGGUCUCUGGCUGAUGCCUUCGCUGCCUCCACAUCAGCAGCUGCAGCUAUCGCUGGCCUGAUUAAUCUUAAGCGCGAGACAGAUCCCCAGGCGUCCAGUUCAUCCGCUUCCAGUUCCUCCUCAGUUUCGGCCUCGUCUUCGUCAGUUUCCAAAUCAAGUGAUCAGGAGAUUGCGGACAAAUACAAGAACAUAUGGAAGGAUAAGACGCCGAAUCUGAAGCACUGCGUUAGUAUUACGCCCAUACCAGGGGAUGGAAAGUCUGGAUCUUCCGCUGGAGGUGUCUCUGGCGUAGAAGUGCAACGCACUGGUGGCAUUGAGAUCAUUCCACUAAACACCCAAGCUUCCAGUGCCGGCGGAGGAACAACUGGAGGAGGCACUAGCUCAGCACCCACCACCAUAACCAUAACUCCCAUCACCGGUAAGGAUCCAAGCAAAGAAUCGACCAAGAAGAGCAGUUCAUCGGGAUCCGGAACCAAUAUGGCUACAAAGCGGCCACAUGAGAGCAGCUCAUCGAGUUCUAGUGGAGCUAGUGGAUCGUCAUCAUCCUCCGCUGGAAGCAGCAGCUCCUCGGACAUGCAGAAGGAGAAGAAGCGCAAAAAGAAACGCGACGAUUCCCCCAUGGGACCGCCCGAAAAGAUAUAUUCUCGUCAGAAUUCCCCAGCAGCUGGCGGCGAUGCCUCGGGAAGCAGUGGAGUGGUGAGAAAGUUCUCCUCCCCCUCAUCCUCGCCCAAGGCAGGUGGUGCCGGACAGGGUUUAAUGGCAGGAGUGCCGCCCGCGCGUCCAAGCCCCAAGCACUCACCGGUGUACAGCAGUCCGAAACACAACACCGCCUCCAACAGCCCCAAGUCGCCGUUUGGCACCCAUUCCCCCAAGCACGGAUCCUCCGGCAAGCCUAGCAUGUCUACUCUAAAGAGCGCGGCAACGGCAGCCACCAGCCUGAGUCCCAAGGGGGACAAGACUUCCUCGUCCGUGGGAGCUUCCUCGGUGAGCUCAUCAUCCUCAGCAUCGGGAGUUGGAAGUGCCCCUGGCCUGGUACGGUCCUUUGCCAGUGUGGGAGCACCGCCACCACCACCGCCAGUCCCACCGCUGGCCAGUGCGAGCGGAAGCAGUGGCCAAUCCCUGAAAAAGGAGAAAUCUUCGUCAUCAUCUGGCUCCUCCUCCUCCUCGUCAACAUCAGCGGCUGUAGGCUCGUCUGGAUCAGGAGGAGUAGGAGCCGGAGGAGGCGGUAGCGGCAUUAGUGCCAGCCUGGCAGCCGCCGUGGCCGCUUUGAAAUCCUCCCAAGCUCAGCAACAGCAACUGAAGUCUUCAGUGUCCAGUCUAUCGCAUUCGUCGGCUAGUGGUGGCCUCGGAAGCUAUGCCACCUCAGCCAGUGCGAGCGGUGCGGCGUCAGUGGUUGGAGCUGUGGGAGCUGGAGCCGGUGCCGGCGCCUCCGGACUGGAGCUGAGUGCCCUGCGCAAGGGCAUGGCGGGAGGUGCGGUUAGUUUGAUGACGUCGACGGCUCCUUUGGCAACAACAAUCCCGGCAGCAACAACACAGUCAGCGGCAACAUCGGUCUCGGCUCUGGCAUCGGGUCAUCCAAUAUCGCUGGCGGGCUCGGGAGCGGGACAAGUGCCAACGCCAGUAAUAGCAAUGCCACCGGCAACAGCAACAACAACAACAGCAGCAGCGGGGGGAGUAAUGGCGGCGGGAGUAUCAACCCCAACAACAACAACGGCAGCGGGAGCAACAGCAAUGCUGCAGCAACAACAGCAGCCGGGAGUAACGCCACCUAGUAGCUGCUUGGCCACUAGCGGCGACGGAGGAACUCCAGCCGGAGGAGCAGGAGCAGGUGCUUCCACGGAGUACAUGGUGAAGCCCAGCAGCCAGGAGGGCCUCAAGCUGACCAUCAACAAAACGGGCAGCGGCAAGAGCUCAGGCUCGAGUUCAAGCUCUAGUUCCAGCUCUGGUUCGAGCACCUCCUCCAGCGGAGCGCCCAAAACUAAGAGCGGCAGUGGAACGAACAUUUCCUCAGGGUCCUCAAGCAAAAAGCAGCACACUGGUCUCAAGCCUGGCGUUAACAGCGGUCCGGCCUCUAAAAAAGCCUCUGCAUCUUCAUCAGCCUCUGCCACUGCAUCUGCCAGCAAGCAUCUCUUCCAAAAGGCCAACUCCUCGGGAAAUCUCAGCAGCAAGCUCAGCGGAUCGGGUGUCGGAGGUGGUGGGGGACUGCCAUUGACGAAGAGCAACAGCACCAACUCCUUCCAGGAGCACAGCGCUCCCAAGCGUCGGCCCAGCAUGGGUGCUCUUGCCAGUGGCAGCAGCAGCAGUAGCGGCUCCAGUGGACCACGAAAAUCGAGUUCCAUUUCGGCGGGAGUCAGUGGAGCUUCAGGAGCCGUAUCGCCCGCAGCCCACAGCGGAUCCAUGUCACAGCCGCCGCCGCGAUUUGAUCAUCACACCGACAUGAUGACUAUACUGCAGUAUGCUUCUCCCACAAUGGCCGCCAGCAUGGAGGGCUUCAUCAAAGGAUUGCACAACAAAUUCCAGAUCCCCAAGCUAUCGCAACGUGGUACAUCAAGCAGUGGAGGCGGAGGAGUAGCAACUGGGAGCGGCGUAGCCGGAGGAGGCGGCGGUAGCGGUCGAAGUACACCCAGUACAGAACCUUCAACCUCGACAACUAUGUCCCUUGCCCCUUCAUCCUCGACUGCCGCAGCAUUGGUGGAGCCGGAGGCCAAGCCACCGGCACCUCCUCCAUCUUCGAGUGGCGGAGAUGUGCUGCUGAACUUGAGCAGCUCGGCGGCAAUGCCCUCGGGCGAUGGCAUCGAUGAAGAGCUUCUGGCCAGCUUGGCUGGCGAAUGACAGAUGGCGGACAACCAUGAGAUAUUCCUGUUGCUCUAUGCGAUUCUCACUUAAAACUAAGUUUAAACUAAAAUGUCAUAAGAUAUGAAGGUUUGGAGAUGGAUAGGAACACUUAUCCCAUUUCCAGUCCAGCUUGAAACAAUCCCCCAAGGCGAUUUUGUUUACAUUUUACGAUACGACACAACAAUUUGGUACAAAAUCUAA